CCACUCCAGCUGGGACAAAAAAUUCUUAAGUUUUUAUGGCUGACCUAAAACAAAUCUAAAAAAACGCCAAAGAAAACCCUUAAUUUAAAAUAGACAUCACCGUCUGCCUGUGGCGUGUGUCGAUUGUGAGGCUGUGUUGUUGCUAACAUUCAGCUGAACUUUGUUUAUUAUGUGCUAACUUCAAACAACGCACAACUGACGAAUCGACAAAAACAUUGGGAAACCCCAAGGCCAGCGGCCGGAGGAUCCGUUAAAAGAACCCGGCGUAACCUAAUAGACCGGAUUCUUCAGGCAUAUGGAAGCUAGAAGGGAUAGCUAAACGCCCCAAGAGAAGCACAAAUCGUGGUCGGGUUUAACGCCCACAAAACGGCUGCGGCAUUUCGAAAAGUGUACACCGUAACCCCGAAAACAAUUAAGUGUUGCAAUGACCGAAUAGACUCGAGUGGUUAUCUGCCUGGGAAUAACAAUUAAAUCGCCUGGUGCGACUCUAGAUUUAAUUAUUUUUGAAAAGCAGACGAAAGCUAACCGAAACCAAAAUGAAACAGAAACGCUGGCGCCACAAGCGUAAAUAGUUAUUUGCCUUCAGAUAACUGCAGGAGAAAGACAUCCCGAGCGAAAAAUAAACAUAAUUUGUUUAAAAAACAUUCCGAAAGGCAAAUAGAGGCCAACAAAACCAUGCUCGGUCGCACGCAAAAGCUGCUGCUGGGCAUAGCGAUACUUAUUCUAGUCGACGUUGUUUGGGUCUCCUCCAGCGAGCUAACUAAGUUUUUGUACAAUGAGGCAAAGUUUGAUAAGCCAUUCUUUUGUACAUACUUCAAAACAUCAAUGUUUAGCAUUUAUCUGCUAGUCAUAGGAAUCCUGGCGCCCUGGAAGGAAUCCUGCGAGCGACAAAAUGGAAACUAUGCUAUGAUGGAGCAGAAUGCAGACGAUGAGAACUAUUACUCCAAUCAAGCUGUUUUGGGAGACCCCACCUAUGUGCCCAUUAGAUCGCCCCACUUAGGCGCCACAGCUAACGGCAGCGCCAACUCUUUAUCUGGUACCGAGAGUGAUGAUUCCAGUGUCCGAAGUGUGCGUUUCAGCAAGAUGGCCGAGGUCCGCGAGAUGUCUGCCCACGAAGCCACUGAUGCUUUAAUGGCACGCCUCUCCUAUGCCGCCAGCUUGAGGAUAAGAAGGCAAAAGACCCACCACAAGACAGCAAAGACAGCGCUCCUGUUCUGCCUGCUCUGGUUCGUUGCCAACUACUUUUUCCAGUUGGCUUUGGAAAUGGACGAGACUGCCAUGAUAACGCUGGUGAGCUCGACGUCGUCAUUUUUUAUUAUCUGCCUGGCAGCUGUAUUUCCCUCGGCAACCGGCGACAAGCUGACCAUCACCAAGCUGAUUGCCGUGGCCAUGAAUAUUGGCGGAGUGGUGGCCAUCACCUUAAACGAUCUACACGACACAAAGAUGACGAGAGGCGUUCUCUUGGCGCUCUUUAGUGCUUUCUUUUAUGCCGCCUAUCUUGUUUUCGUUAAGCGAAAAAGCGAUACCGAGGAAAAGGUCGAUAUACCUUUAUUUUUUGGCUUUGUCGGUCUCUGGAAUCUUUUGCUAUUGUGGCCUAUCUUUUUCAUUCUGCACUUUACGAAGAUCGAGACAUUUGAAUUGCCUAGCCAAGGUCAGUUUGCCCUGCUUUUUCUAAACGGCUUGAUUGGCACCGUUCUGGCCGAGGCUCUGUGGCUAUGGGGGUGCUUUCUCACCUCUUCGCUAAUAGGAACGCUGGCCAUGUCAUUGCAAAUUCCGCUGGCCAUCAUGUUCGACGUUCUGCUUAAGAAUAAGCCCUAUUCACCCAUGUUCUAUAUGGGUUCCAUACCGAUCUUCGUAGCUCUUGUGCUUGUUUCGCUUCUUAUGCGAAAUGACGAUUCCGACCCUCUAAUGAAGCUGUUCAAAAUUGUAUAUAGAAAAGUCUGCGGUUGCCAUAAGCCGAGCAUUGUUAGAGUCAACGACGAUGAACAGCAGGAGUCGCUGAUAAGCAACAGCGAUUGAAUGAACGCUUUUUUGUGAAAAUCGCGCUUCGACACACUUUGAAAGUUGCUCAUUGCAAUGCAAUCUAAAACUUGGCUGUUCACGAGUUCGUUUCGAAUCGUUCUUUAAUCUGUAGGGACAACUCAUGCACAAUUCCUUCUCCGCCUCCACUUGUGUUUCUCAUUUUGUGCAUUUUGCGUUCGAUAUUAAGUUGCGAUUGUACGUACAAUUUAUUUAUUAUAUUCCUACAAGUAUAUUAUCUGUAAAUAGCUUUAGCUCGUACGAAUACCGUUUAUCUAUGUGAUAGUCUUUAACGUUUUGCUGAAGUCCACCUUUAAUUUAUUGUGUUUCCCUAAUAUUCAAACUGCGCUUAUCUGUAUAAUUGUUGACUUCUCGAAAGCAAGAGUAUAGAAAGGAGAUAAAUAUUAUAUGCACACAUAUUUAUAGCUAUAACAAUAAUUUCAAAUUGUCUACCGUAAGCUUACAAAAAUAAAAGCAGAUCAUGUGAAACUAUGCCUAAUGCAAAAUAUACGUAUGCAAUAUAAACGUGUAA